AUGAGCUCAGCUGCAACACCAAGGGCUGCCACGGAGAAGCCACUGUACGAUGCUUUCGUCAACGGCAUGCCAGCCGUGGAACAGCUCGAUCCCUGCCCUAUCUGCCAGACUGCUCUGCUGCUGCUGGAUGAGAAAGGCCUGCCCUUCAAUCUCCAAUUCGUGGAUUCACGCAACCGGCCGGACUGGCUGAGGGAGGUGGCUGGCAACCAGAUGCCAGUGAUCAAGGAUCUGGGCGAGGAUCCGGCGAGAUGGGAUGUGGACGGCCUCUGGUCGGCCUUCCUCAGCUACCUGGAAGCUGCGCCGGGGGAUGACGAACAGGAGCUGGCGGCGCUGGAGAAGCAGCUGAAGUCAAGCAGGAGCUGGCCGACAAGCGCUACCUUCGCGGCGAGAACAACAUCAGCGCUGCCGACCUCGCUCUGGUGCCGCCCCUGA